AUGGGCAAACUGAAGCGUCGUUCGCCUCGUUCAUUUCGCUCCGACGAACAAUCGGAUUGCGCGGUUUGUGGUCGUCUAACACGUGCCUACUUCUACAAGCUCUACGUGUGUUGUGCCUGCACCAUGUUCUACAGAAGGUAAUUGGAUUAGAGAUUAUACUACGCUUUAUUUUUGUUUGUAGUUUGGAGUUGUGAGAUGAGUCAUUUUUAGUUUGUGGUCAAGGGUGCCAAAAAAGUAAAAAUUAUCAUGAAUAAUAAGUUGUAUAAAAAAGAAUGAGCUACUUUUCAGCGCUUGGCGGAGGAAGUGUAGCUUGUAAUAUACAUUAAAUUUUAUGGUUUCUUAAUUUUACCACUAGUCGUAAUUGUUUUUAAAUUUAAAUUUUUUGAAAUUUUUAAAAAUUUUAAACUUUUUUAAAUUUUUUAAAUUUUCGAUAUUUUAAAUUUUACACCAUAACGCUCGUCGCUAAUACAAUCCCAAACUACUUUGUAUAAAAAGUAAUGAGCUAUCGAACUCCAUAUCUAUAAGACGUUUAGCUCAUUACUUUUUAUACAAACUAAUGAUUAAUGUUGUUAAACGUUUGAUAUCAGGCUAUUUAAAGCAGUAGCAAAAACUGUAAAGCAAGUCUCUUAAACAAUUUUUUAUGGACUUUACAAUAGUAUAUAAAUCAUGCCAAAUAAUGCUCGUGUACUAGUGUAAAGUUGAGACUUUUGUUGUUGACGGGUUAGACAGUCGUAAAUCACAUUUAACUUAAUUUUGGCUCAUCUUAUCAGUCAGAAAUGUACCUGACCGGCAAGACUUAUUUUCUCAAAUGUUUUUUUAAUUUGUAAGCCUAACUUAACUAGAACCUUAAAAAAUUAUCUGCAAACCAAUGCCCAAACCAAGUAUAAUAUCCAAAUAUUUCCAGAAACUUCCGCUCCUACCCUCGAGCUCAAUGUCGUUUCCGAGACGAAAGCUGUAACCUGAAGUCAGGUCCACGUCGAUUCUGCUUACGAUGUCGCCUAAGUGCUUGUCGUAGUCUAGGUCUUCGAAUGUGGGGCAAGAACCUGGUAGUCCAGGCCAAUGGAAUGCCAGUUGAUGACAUUCCAGAAGAGAAGCUUGAAGUUGUACCAUUAGACAGUGAACUUGAUGUGAAUGUUGAACAAACACAGUUCAUUUGUUCACCAGCUUCUUCUAGCAGUUCUGGUUGUAGCAGUAGUGGGUACAGUAGCGCAUCGUCGUCGAUUUUUGAUGAACCAAGUGUGGUUGAUGAAUACCUACAGUUUUUGAAUUAUAAAGCUGUUGAACUGCCUACUUUGAAGUGAGUUUGGAUUUAAAUAGUGUUUUAGGGUAUAGCUUAUUUUGGCUUUAAAAUUAUUUUUAAAAUUUUGGUUUUUUGACGAAAUGUCACAUUUUUAUCGAUUUUGAAAAAAAGCAAUAACGAAAUGUCAAAUUUAGAAAAUAUUUUCUAGUUCGUUUUUUUUUUGUUAAUUAUUAUGUAAAUUUACUUUUUAACAAAAUGUCACACUUUUUAUUGAUUUUUGAAAAAAACUAAUAACGAAGUGUCAAAAAAGUCGUAAAACUAAAAAAAAUAUUUUUAAAAAAAUUUAUUUUAGAAAAAUGACAAACCUGUUCCGCCAGUUCGAUGACCAACAGAAGUUUAUCUCUUCUUAUCAGCAAAAAUCAGAAAUUUUUGAUUACACAGUAACCGACCUGAUGUACAUGGAUCAUGUUCAAUUCAAAGAGCUGGAACCAAAGAUUUUAAAAUUAUCGGCCAAUUUAAUAACUGGGUUUCUCAGUCAAUUUUCGACGACACAACACACGACGGUGCAAAUUGUGAAAGAAGUAAUGUAUGAAAUGUCAUUUUACCACAAGAUCAUACAGACGAUACGACAAUAUCCAGUAAAGUCAAGUGAACUGUCAUUAUUUAGUGGAUAUUAUAGUGAUCUGACUGAUCUGGAGAACUACUUUGUUGAUGUGGUGGACACGGUAGGUUUUGACAAUUUUUGGUUGGAUUACUGUAGUUUUUAAGGUUAGAGAAAUUUCAAUAUAUACGCAGUAAAGAAAUUUUUUUUUGCUUUUCAAAAAUAAAUUUAUAAAUAAAAAAAACAUAUGAUAUUAUCAAAAUUUCAAGUAUAUAUUUUUAGCCAUAUUACCACCACGUUUGUAACACGUUACACUUGUUCAUCAACAACUUGUACUGUUUGGUAGAUGAAGCCAGGAAAAUGCAGUUACACCCUGUUGAGAUAUCGUAUCUUCUUGGUCAAACGAUCUUCGGUUACUGUAAGUUUUUAGUACUUUUACUCAAACUUACUUUUCACACUUUUAAGUUUUUUGACAUUUCGUCAUCGUUUUUUUGAAAUCUGAAAAAUCAAUAAUUUUUUUUGACAUUUUGUAAACUUUUUAAAUAUUUGAAAAUGUACAAAAGAUUUUCAGCUCAUAAAAUUUUUGACAUUUUGUUAUUGAUUUUUUGAAAUUGCUAAAAAUCAAUAAUUUAUUGACAUUUCGUUAUCGACUUUUUCAAAUAAGAAAAAUUAGUAACUUUUUUGACAUUUUGCUUAAAAAAACGAAAAGUUUAUCAAAAAAUCAUUUUUAAAAUUCAAAAAUUUCAGUAGAACCAUCAGAAUCCGCAUCGAUGUUCGCUCACAAUUUGUCAAUGGAGUUUUGGAGAUACUUCGAGAUAAAUUACAGUACCGCCGACCGUUUCCUUUGCUUAACAACAUUUUCAAACUCUGUCAAAAACCUAAUCAUAACUUACAAACAAGCGGUGGAAGAGAUAUCGGCCAUUUCGGACGCUGUUAUGGCGCCUGUAAAUGGAGAAUUGGACGAUAAUCUCAUUUUGAAUAUGAUCAAUUUGCAUAAUAAAUUUUGA